AUUUUAUUUGUUUUAGGUAUUCCCAAAAGUUUUAUUAAUUUGUUUGUUGAGUUGCAUACAUUGCGAGAAAGGUUGGUGGUUGACAAACCUGCCGCCUGGCACCACGCAGCUGACGUGUUUUUGAUUACAAUUCCAAGACGGAGUCGCGCACAAUCUGCAAGCAUAUAAAUGAAGUCGCCGCUGGAUUAUUAAAAGUUAUAAUUAAACCACGCCAUAAUGGAGUAUUUCCGCAGCGGUUUAAAAUCAGUGCUGGGUGCCCCGCCGCCAGAAACCCAACCGACCGGCGCCGAAACGGUGGAUCGCUUAGUCAACCGUGUCACUUCCUCUACGUUGUUGGAAGACCGUCGUGAUGCUUGCAGAGCACUCAAAGCAAUGUCCAGAAAAUACCGCCUUGAAGUAGGCGCCCAAGGCAUGGAUGCUCUUCAACAGAUCUUGGAGAUUGAUCGCAGUGACUGUGAGAUUAUUGGCUACUGCCUGGACACACUUUGCAACAUCACCUCAAAGGAGAAAUUUAAGGAAGAAGCAGAUGAGAGGGUAAACAACAUGAAUCUUGGUGAACAAUUCACUGAGAUGUUUGUGAAGAACCCACACAAUGUGGGUUUAGUCUUGGGCUUUCUAGAGGAGUACGAUUUCCGCGUGCGUUGGCCAGCGGUGAAACUCCUCACAUCUUUACUUGCCAGCAAACCUAAAGAAAUACAGGAUAUUAUUCUAGUCAGCCCAAUGGGCGUCUCUAAGUUGAUGGAUCUACUGCAAGAGAACCGUGAGGUGAUUCGCAAUGACGCUUUGCUACUUCUUGCGCAACUCACCAAGAGUAACGCGAAUAUUCAAAUUGUUGCGUUCGAAAACGCCUUCGAUCGGCUGUUCGACGUCAUCAAAGAAGAAGGCUUCAUGGAAGGUGGUAUUGUUGUCGAGGAUUGUUUGCUGCUUAUGUUGAACCUCCUCAAGAACAACACAAGCAAUAUUAACUUCUUUAAAGAAGGCUCCUAUAUUCAACGGCUUGCGCCAAUGUUUGAGAUUCCUGAAAAUGUCGAAGAUGUCGGUUGGAGUCCGCAGAAAGUUUCAAACUUUCAUUGUUGUCUGCAGCUGGUGCGUUGUUUGGUCUCACCGAACAACCCAAUACAGAUCACAUCAUCAUCGCAGAAAACAAUGCGGAAUGCGAAUUUACUCGAAGCGCUGUGUAAUAUUUUGAUGGCAUCCGGCGUGCCUGCGGAUAUUCUCACUGAAACGAUUAAUACGGUAGGAGAGGUGAUUCGCGGCCAUCUUGCUAACCAAGAAUACUUUGCAAAUGUCACUGCGCCAAGCAAUCCACCACGUCCUGCGAUUGUGGUGCUACUGAUGAGUAUGGUGAAUGAAAAGCAGCCGUUUUCUUUACGUUGUGCUGUCUUAUACUGCUUCCAGUGCUUCCUUUUCAAGAACGAAAUUGGGCAAUCGCAGGUAGUGCAAACUUUAUUGCCGAGUUCAGUAGCAGUGUCUACCCUAACAACAGGGCAAUUAUUAUGUGGUGGGUUGUUUAGUCAAGACGCAUUGAGUAAUUGGUUUUCUGCCAUUGCGCUGUCUCACUGUCUGAUUGAAAACCCCGCGCAGAAGGAACAACUAAUGCGGGUACUCCUCGCGCCUAAUCUUGGGGCACAACCGGUAACUCUUGUCCAUCAAGCUGCAACUUUCCUCCAGCAAACAAAUAAAUUCCAGGCGAAACUUGGUAUUUUGAUGCUGCUCGCAAUGUGGAUGGCGCACUGUCCACCAGCUGUGCAGUUAUAUUUGAAUGUCCCUGGGGCGGUGGCUUUUCUCACAGCUCAAACAUCAGCCGAUGAUUAUGACAACAAUGAGGAAUUAUUACAAGGGUUGUGUGCAUUGAUGGGUUUGUGCAUUGCUUUUAACGACAACACGGUGGCAAAUUAUUCACGGGAGAAUCUAAGUCAAUUGAUCGAAAAACGCGUCACGAUGGAAACGUACGCUGCGAAAUUGAGUCUUAUUUCGCGGCACGAGGUGUAUGCAAAGGCAGCAAAGCAACCACAAAUUCAAGCUAAGGACGGCAGUGAAUUACUACUAGAGUUUGAGUUUUGUAAACUCUUCAAGGCACUAGAAAGCGUUAUUAUGAACGCGUUAGGAAUGCAAAGAGAUCUUUCGAAUGGUAUUUCCGAACUCAGUUUGAGCGAUCGCGAGAACGCAUCUUUGCAAUAUAAAGACUUGAUUCGCGAGCAGGACAAGCGAUUCAACCAACUACAAAAGGACUAUGAGGUGGCAAAUCAAGACAGAGAUCUGUUAAAGGCUGAAAUUGAAGAACUGAAGUUAUUAAACGCGCAAUACAAGGACGAGAACACAAUUUACAAGGCACAGAUUACUACUAGUUCUGGCACAUCUCAGCCAAAUGUAAAUGUGAACCUGGAUCACUUCCAUGAAACCAUAGCGCGAUUGCAAACGGAGAAUGCAUCCAAGACCGGCGAACUGGAGAUGCUUCGCAAGGAUCAAGAGGAUCUGCUGGAGUUGUUAAGCGACCAGGAUUCGAAACUGAAUGCAUUUAAGGCACGUUUGCGGCAAUUGGGCGAAAAUGUUGACGACUCCGCGUCGGAAGGCGAAGCGGAUAACGCUGGAGUUGAGCCUUGAACGAGGAGCCAUUUAUUUUAUACUGGAACUGCACUAUCGGUAUUAUUUUCAAAUUAUAUUGUGAAUUGUUUCGUCAUAAUACAUUUAUGUCACCACAUUGAUCUAUGUAAAUAAUUUAAUAAUACAUUAAUUGUAUAAGCUCAA